AUGCUCCAACUCGACUCCUCUCCAGCACUUCUGGUCAUCGACAUGCAAAACGGCUUCUGUCACAGACAAGGUAGCUUCGCCAAGCUGGGCAUUCCAACCGACCCGACAGCCAUUGUACCGCGCAUCAACGAGCUGCGCUCCGCCUUUCGCGCCGCCAAUCUUCCCGUUUUCUUCCUGAGGACAACAUACAGUGCGGACUACUCGGACCGACGGGCCCGCGAUCGCGCAGAUCGGCUAGAAGAAUUACAAGGUCUCAUGCGUGGGACCUGGGAUGCGGACAUGCUCGACGAACUCACGCCCAGGCCUGACGAGAACGUCGUCGACAAAACGCGGAGGUCGGGUUUCCUAAGGACAACGCUAGAAAACACGCUAAAAGAGCGCGGAAUUAACCAUGUAGUUGUGACGGGAGUAGGGACGGAUGUAUGUGUCGAGACGACGGCGAGAGAUGCCUUUCAGCUAGACUUUGGCGUGACUACCGUGAGUGAUGCGAGCGGGACAGUUGACGAGUCCGACCAUUUAGCUGCUCUCCACGCUCUACGCAAUUUUGGCGGAACGGCGUGGACGGCGGAAGUGAUGGAAGCUUUGCAAGAGUUAUCCCAAAAGAAGUCGUCGUAG